AAUUCAAUCAAUUAUUUUCGAAUUAAAAGAAGUUAGUGAUUAGUUAGUUUGUUUGUUUAAUCUGAAUGACCAAGAAGGUUUUUGGCUAGAAAUAAGAAGGAAAAAUAGGAUCAAUUAGAAAUUUUUUUUUCAUCCGUUUCUUAUUGAGAGAAAGUUUUGUUAUUGAGAUUGAGUUACAAGAAAUUAAGGAAGAGAAUUUAAGAAUAGAGGGAGAAGAAAAUGGCAUUCACAGGGACAUUAGAUAAAUGCAAAGCUUGUGAUAAGACAGUUUACUUUGUUGAUUUGUUAUCUGCUGAUGGAGCAAUUUUUCACAAGUCCUGCUUCAAAUGUAGCCACUGCAAAGGAACACUUGUGAUGAGCAACUACUCCUCGAUGGAUGGAGUCCUCUAUUGUAAGCCACAUUUCGAACAACUUUUUAAGGAAUCUGGAAAUUUUAGCAAGAACUUUCAGACCUCUUCAAAGUCUGAGGGGGAAAACUCGUUGAUAAAGGCUCCAAGCAAACUCUCUGCCUUGUUCUCUGGAACCCAAGACAAAUGUGCUGCUUGCAACAAAACUGUUUACCCCCUUGAAAAGGUAAUAAUGGAGGGAAAAGCAUUUCACAAAUCAUGUUUCAAGUGUGCUCAUGGUGGGUGUCCCUUGACUCAUGCAACAUAUGCUGCACUUGAUGGAGUCCUCUAUUGCAAGCACCAUUUUGCUCAACUUUUCAUGGAGAAAGGAAACUACCAACAUGUCCUCAAGGCUGCUACUAACAAGAAGAGUGUCAUGGCACCUGUUGAUGAUGAUACAGAUAAUAAUAAUAAUAAUAAUAAUAAUAAUAAUAAUAAUAAUAAUAAUAAUAAUUCUGCUCAUCAUGAUGACAAGAUAGAUGAUCAUGACCAGCCUGAUAAGGAACCUGAUGAUGAUGAUCAGUAAUCUUGAUUGUCGUCAACAUGUCACAUAAUUUUAUGAAUUAUUUGUUGUGUGUUUUGAAAAAUUUGAAAAUUCUUUGCACUAAAAAUCCAAGUAUUCUUGUUAUCAAAAUUCUUGUUGUAUCAUCUUGAUUAUACAAAAUUCUUUCCUUUUUUUUAAACUUCAAACUUGGUGUCCAGAUUGUAAACAUGUUUGAGAUGUUAUCCAUUUUGAUUAUACAAUGAUUUGUUAGAAAAUAUUCUUUAUAAGGCUUUUAAGACAAGUAGAAGUUGAACACA